AGUGACCUGCCCAGAUCUUUAACCAUUAGGUUCCAGCACGCUGAAAGACAACAGUGCAUGUGCUGCUGCUGCUACCGGAGUCUCACUGAAGCGUUUGGAGGCGUAACGCAGUCCUAAAGCUCAUACACACGAAAUCUGCGCAUGCUAUCCGUCAAAAACAACAGGCCCGUUUAAAGCCGACUGGAAAUGGAGGAACCCAUAUCCGAAGCCUGCACGAUGCCAGCCAAUGAGAAGUCUUGUCAGACUGAUGACCUCACAGAUGAGGCCGUCGUGCCCGGACCGGACCACGCAAGCAAGACUUUGGUCAACUCAACAGAAGUUGGGGAUCCUCCUCUGCUCCAGAGACCACUGGAAACCUCCAAAUCUGGAAUCCAACAGAUUAUCGAAUGCUUUCGCACAGGUACUGCACAGUUAAAACACAUCCUCCUGAAAGAAGUGGACACGAUCUUUGAAUGUAAACUCUGUCGCAGUCUCUUCCGUGGUCUUCCCAAUCUGAUCAAACACAAGGAGGUUUAUUGUCUCCCCAGACAUCCUGAAUCUGAGGACUCUUUUGCAGAAGGCAAAAACAUCAAAGAGCUUUUGGAGGCCAUCUAUCCGCGCUCAGAUAGGCAGGAAUAUUUUCUCAGACUGGAGCCCAUUGACGGUAACCAGAAUGCAGUUUUUCAGUAUCUGUCUACAGAGAAAGACCUGCCACCUUCAUCCCAGAGCCCCAACCACACCAGUACAGACGGCUGGAGUCACCAUCAACCAAACACGGACGACAUCAGCAUGAAUGAAGAAGAAGAUCAUCGCAUUGAGGAAGAAGGGAAAUUAAGCCUGAACGCAGAAGAUGCUGUGAUAUCUGAACAGCAGCAUCAGGACAAUCAGCUCUCAUCUGAGGAGAGAUCCGAAGAAGACUCAUCCCCCUGCAGAUGCCUCCUCUGUAACAGAACGUACAAAGUUCGAGGUCACCUUCAGAGACACCUGCGGGCCGUCCACAAGAUCAUCACCUCUGACUGCGCCGAACCCACGAAAAUAACCAACGGAAAGCCUCCAGAGAGUCCUGGCGCUAACAGUAGCUCAUCUAGCGAAAGUCAGAAGAGUCCCAGAGAGGAGAACAAAAUCCCAUGGAAGCCCAUAUACUCCAUGGGCUUUGACUUGAAGACGCGUUUCUGCAAACUCUGCAGACGAACCUUCAGCUCGGAGCAGAACCUGGCGAAGCACAUCGAGCUCCACACGGACAACGGCACCGACUUCUUCGUCAAGUUUUACUGCUGCCCGCUUUGCCGCUACAAGACUCGCCGCAAGAGAGAUGUCGUGAGGCAUCUCUCAGAAUUUCACAAGAAGAAGUCCGCCUACCUGAGCAGGAUCUCUCAGUCGCUGGACAACAGCACCAUCAAGACGCCGGCCGAGGCCGUGUUGAACAAAGCGGAGACCAAAGAUCAGGGUCGCCAUGAAACGAAGGUCCACCCCAGCCACAGUUCUCCGUAUCUGACGCGCAGGAACCUGCUGCCAAACGCGCGUCGUGCAACGGCCGAGGGUAAGAAGACGGUUAGCAGUAAAACGCAAGUAAAGCACGAUGACACGAGAGGUAAAGCCAUGCAGUCCAUGCUGGUCUGCAGCGUCUGUGGCAAGGGCUUCAGAAAGCAGAGGCAUCUGGGGUUACACAUGAGGAACCAUCAGAAAAUGGCACGCGGGGGUGCGGCAGGCAUACGGACGAGAUCAAAGGUCGUGUUUUGAUUCUCUGACAACAAACCGGAUUUGAAGCUACAUCAAAAAGGGGGAGAGUUAAAAACUAAACCGUGCUAUCUUAUAAACGGCUAACGUUGUACACUAACGACUUGAUUUAACCGGGUAGGUAUGAGAAACAGAAGUAUUUCUAUUUGGGAUUUCCAGAAGUUGGAUUUGUUGGUUUGAAGACCCCGACACAUACUCUGCAUGAAGGAGUGUGACAAAAACAGCAUGAUAUUUUCUAACCACUUCUAAAUAGAAUACGAAAUGUAUAUGAUUUCCAUUUGACUGCUGCUAUCAGUUUUUACGUUUUGUGUGGAAAUGUUGCUGAGUGAUUGUUGAAGAAAGCUGUCUGAGCGCCCGGGACCCCAGUAAGAGCUCGGAGCCACGCAUGAUCUCUGUGAGAGAAAUGACAACUGAUUCACCACGGACUCAUUGCUAUUCAGCGCAAACGUCUGGGGUCAAAUCCAGGAGUUUUUGUUUGGUGGGAAACAGCAGAGAGAAAUCAAUAAGAGAAACACUGCUUUUUGUUUGAACAGACACCUGCUCCGGGGAAAUGACCAGCGUUCCUCUUAUUCUCAGUUAGUCUGGGCACUGUUUAUUUACCUUUCAAAUAGUUUUUUUCAUUAAAUCAGUAGCAUAUGCACAUCUGAAUCAACUAUGAACAGUUACAAGUUUUAUUUCUCAUAUGAAUAUAUUCACCAACAAUAAACAGAGAAAAUGACUCUA